GCAUCACUUCCUGUGCAAGUGUGUGUGCAUGCUGGGCGCUUUCAACUCCGACUGGACAACCGUCGGAGUCGACGAAGUCAGACAAAUAGACAGGAGUAACGGAAUAUCUGGGGGAAUACUCCACCAAACUAUCCGAGUUUAACCAGACACUGACUCCUGUCAUUGGACCAGCUGGCGUUGGACGGGGUGUUGGACCCUCCCCCUGCACAGCGACAGAAUGAGACAAUAGCUGGGGGUGUUGGAUAUCAUCCCUCCCCCCUCCUCUUUGUUUCCCCCUCCUACAUAUCCAAGACACAUACAUACUCACUAUCUUACACCAGCACACUACAAAACAGUACCCUGGACCUCUCUGGCCCCCAUGCUUUACUUUGUAGGGGCCAUGAGACUUCUACAGGGCUGCUGCUGUUGUUGAGAACCCUUUGGGAACAAAACAAUCAAUUUCCUUCCAGCAAGUGGACACAUCCUUCCGGUUCCUACGGCUUUGGUGGAGCUUGACGGGAGCUCAGUAGAUCAUUGAAUCAUGAAAACACCAGAGGACCACUGGGAGCUUCCAUUUGGAGUUGCACAUUAAUAGGCUAAAGACUGCCAGUGAGCAAAGCAAAUCUAAUUCAACCUGCAGCAGGUCUGAACGUCUGUUAGAAGAAAUGAUACCUCUCCUUAGCCAUUUCAUCCACCACAUCUGAAGUGCCUUGUAUUCCAUCCAACUGUUGUUUACCUCUACUCCACAUAUCUGAUCCAAUCCUUAUGAUUGAUUUGUUUACAUCUCCAGGCCUUAUAGCUUUCCAAGACAUAUCUGUUUAUUUGUUUGUUUCUGUUUGCGUGCAUAAGAAUCACACUCUGAAGUAUCUGAGAUACGAGGAAUGAGACCACCGUAGAGUUCUGUUACUCAAACUUAUCAAAACCUAAACUCACUCAGACUGUUCAUCUGACUCUCAAACGUGGUGCAGUACUUCCACUGUACGGUUCCGUCACCAUGUACACGCUGCAGUCCAAAUGGCGUUACCUGAUCAUGUUCUUGGGCGUCCAGUUAGUGGUCAUGGCUCUUCUCUCCAGAGAGGGCUACCAGAAAAGGGUGUCGUAUUUUUUCCGAAUUUUCCGUAAGCCUGAUUCUACAACGGGACAUGCAGUCGGUGCACGCAACCACACGGAUGUGUAUGCCAACCUCUCCCUUUUAGGCCCUCCUGUUAAUAAAGAGGACAUGCCCUACUGCCCGAAGCAGUCUCCUCUGAUUGGUGGACCUAUUCAUGUCACUUUCCCCUCUGGGCUUACGCUUGCCGAGAUUGAGAGGAAGAAUCCCCUUGUUGUCCGUGGGGGGCGCUACAGGCCACCAAACUGUGAGGCACGCCAUCGCACUGCAGUAAUCAUUCCCCACAGAAAUAGGGAGCACCACCUCAAGUUCCUCCUCUACUAUCUGCAUCCCUUCCUACAGCGACAGCAGCUCAGCUAUGGCAUCUAUAUCAUUCACCAGGCUGGUAAUUACACCUUUAACCGAGCAAAGUUGAUGAACGUGGGAUUUCGUGAGGCCAUGAGGGAGGAGGAUUGGGACUGCCUCUUCUUUCAUGACGUGGACCUUAUUCCCGAGGACGACCGUAACACCUACGCCUGCGACGCUCACCCAAAACACGCCGCCAUUGCCAUGGACAAAUUUGGCUACAAACUGCCAUAUAAGAUGUAUUUUGGAGGAGUGUCGGCUCUGACCCCUGAUCAAUACCUCAAGAUGAACGGUUUCCCAAACAAUUACUGGGGCUGGGGUGGUGAGGACGACGACAUCGGCAUCCGGGUCUCACUCGGAGGAAUGCUGAUCAGUCGUCCGUCUCUAAAAGUGGGCCGAUAUAAGAUGAUCAAACACAAGCAUGACAAAGGCAAUGAAGUGAAUCCCAAAAGGUUUAACAUGUUGGCUAAGACCCGGCACACAUGGAAAAAUGACGGUAUGAAUACGGUGGAUUAUGAGAUUGUGUCCCGGGAUUAUCAACCUCUUUUCACCAACAUCACAGUCAACAUUGGCACCGAGGCUGGGCUGCACCCGCCCAAUAAAAAGACUGCUUCUUAGCAUGCUCCCAGCAUUCUUGUGGAUCCCCGAGGCACAAGUCUUAGCGCCAAUGCCGCACUGCCUGCAGACCACUCGCCCACAUGCACAUGGCCAGUGAAUCCACGGGACAUCAUGCCUUUACUGCACCAC